GGCAGCUUUUUGUUUUUAAAGACGAUGCCAACAUUACUUCGUUCGUACCUUGCUAUUUAUCUGGAUGUUUGGAUGUUUGGACGUUUGUUUGUGUUUGUUUGUUUGUGUCUGGCUUGUUGUGUUGUUGGUUGUGUGUCUGGUUGUGUCUGGUUGUAUGUCCCUAGGAGUAGGAGUAGGAGUAGGGGGCUGCUGCUGUAAUGUGUGUAUAUAGAGAGAGAAAUGAGAAGUAGUUUGGGUUUGAGUUGGCACUAAUAAUGCUCGUGCUUAUAUUCAUACUAUACUCAUACUCAUACUCAUAUCUGCUAAUUAUCUAUCUAUACCUACCCACCUUAACUAAGGCUUUCAUUCAUCCCUCAUUGAUCAUAAUCCGCCCUCUUCUACUCUACGUAAACCUUGCCACGUCGUGUCACAGACGCGUAACUAACCAGACCAUAACCUCAGCUCGGCUCAAUGCAGCUCAGCCCAGCGCGACGCAGCUCAGCUCAGCGCAGCACAGGCACGCGUGUCCCGGAGCGCUCAUUGGCGCUCGCCGUGUGGCACCGCGGCAUAGUGUUAGGUCUCUUUUUCUCCCUCCCUCCCUCUCUCUCUCUCUCUCUCUCUCUCUCGCACUCUGAGUGAGUGAGUGCGGCACAAGCCCUGCGCCGCCUCGC